AUGUCGCCACCACGUGUCGCUGUGCCGCUGGCGCUGCUAUUGACGCUGGCCGCUCUGACGGCGGCCCAGCAGCGGUUCCCCGGCUCCUGCCCUCGCCCUCCGAUCGUGCAGAAGUUCCAGGUGCGCCGCUACCUGGGCCAUUGGUUCGAGUACGCCCGCUACUUCACCGUGUUCCAGCGCGGCCUGCGCUGCAGUCGCGCUGAAUACUCGGACGCCGGCGAGGGGCGGAUCGGAGUCGUCAACCGCGCCAUACGGAUCGCCGACGGCUCGACGACAGAGGCCCGGGGGCAGGCCGUACCGGUCGGACGUCCCGGCGAGGCCAGCCUGCGCGUCAGCUUCGACGGACAGCCGUCCAGAGGCACUGAGGCCAACUACAACGUCCUCGAGACCGACUACAAACGGUACGCUAUUGUGUGGUCGUGCACCGACCGCGGGGUCGGCGAGCAGAAGAAUCUGGAGAACGAGCAGCUUCUGUUUGUGCUGACACGAGCCAGAGUGCCGUCACAGAGGCUUUUGAGGCGUAUCAUGAGGCGCCUGCAGCGACUCGGGCUGAACACGGAAAAACUCAUCAAGACCGAUCAGGAAAACUGUUCAAAGUUGGAUAAAAUCAUAGCUGGAAAGUCCCGGAAGGCAGCGAUUCUGAAACUAUGUUCCUUGAAACAUCACUAAAGAAAAGUGUCUUGGGAUGCUCUCCCACAGGCGUGAGACUAAUCAAGACUUAGCUCAGACAUCAAGACUGAGCUUCCGCAUGCAGCGUGCCUGCCGAAGUCGUGCUUAGCCCCGCAGUCUGUCGGAUGCCUGAGGGGGUAUACUGUCCCGCAUUACACCUGUGUAUGCCGGCGCAGUGUGUGUUCCGGCGUUUUGGCCCAAUGUAUUCCAGGAAUGUCGCUUGCCGUCGACGAAAAUAGAUGUCUUAGAUAGAUGUAAUGCAUUUAUCAUAAUAAAUAUAGAACAGUUAGUUAAAUAA